GCGCAUAGUAAGGUCACUCGCAGACUGAAGUGCGAGCCGAAAGUGAAAAAUUCAUCAUCAAUGGGAGAAUAGAAGAAAAUAAAAUUCUGUAUUCUGUGCUUAGGUAAAUUCAUAAAAUAAUUAUAAAGUGCGAGGUGUAUUGAUGACGAAUCGUUUGCCAUAAUGCAAUAAUUAUGAACAACAGCGGGAAAAUAAGAGUGCAGUGAUGAGUUUAAGAAAAAAGUGUGAAAAAAAUUCUCGACGAGAAAAAAUCGAAAAGUGAAAAGGCGAAGUGAUUUGGAAUUGAACGUGGAUAGAAAAAGAGGAACGAGGAAGGAAGGAGGCAUUCGUGAAAAAAGGAGAAAGAAUAAGCUCGUUUAACUGCGACGACGAUUAAUACGAAGACGACGAUCAACUUUGGAUUCAAUAUAGGAAAAUAAGCGUAAAUUUUAUGUAUUAAUUAAUAUACAUACAUACAUGCAUACUUAAAUCUAUGUUACGGUAUAACUACGUUUGAUAACAAAAUUAGCACGCAAAAAAAAAAAAAAUAGAAGAAAAUUAAUUUAAUUAAAAAUAAAAUAAAUAUUUAAAAAAUAGAAGAGUUAAUUAAAAUUUAAAAGCAUUAAUUAAUCAUACCAAGAAAUUUAAAAGCAGAAAUUUGAAAUUGAAAUUUAUAAAAGCAUUUGCGAGCGUUUGAAAAAUAAAGCUAAAAGAGUAAAUUGAAGUAGAGAUAAAAUUUAAAUAACACCGAUUAUCUUACAUACGACUAUACAUACAUAUUUAGCAACUACAACCAUAACCAUAACAACAACAACAAGAAUAACAGCUGCAACAACCGCCGUUAAUAACAGCAAGAACAAGAAGCAUAAUCUCGACAACCAAUUAGCAACAAAAUUCAAAACAAUAAUUCUCGUUAUAUCAACAAAAAUUAAUAGAAAUAAUAUUCAAUUCAACAACAGACGUGGCAACACAAUUUUGUAAAAUACAGAGGAAAAGUAAAACGAAUAAGUUUACAAAAAUUGCAGAAAAAAAAUAAGAAGCAAAUCACAACAAUUAAAAGAAAGUAAAAGUAACAACAAGAACAACAACAACAACAUCAGCAAUAACACCGGUUGCAGCAACCAAAAAUAACCACCCAACCAACCAAGCAAUCAACAAAAACAACUGCAGCACUAACAACAACAACAACAACAACAACAACAACAACAACAGUAGUUAAAAGAAAUUGUAAAAAUCAUCACGAUUGUUAUAAUUACAAUAAUAAGCAUAAAAGUACAAACCACGGAUCAAUACCAAAGAUGGAGGCGAAAUUCUUGGCAAGCGUCAUUUCAUUCCUCUCGAUAUUUUUAGCGACUUAUGCUGAAACUGAAUUUUUGGUGCCAAACUUUGAUAAUGCAGAACAUCAGCUAAAAGUAUUCGAAAUCAGAUCGCCUUUAGUACUUAGCUGUAACAUAACCAAAGAGGGUAGUUAUGUACUCAAAUGGGAGAAGAACGGUACGGAUGUUGCGAAAGUCAAAUCCCUUGAAGGACGUUAUAGAAUUAUUGCGGCCGAAAGAAAGUUCAUAAUUGACCGAACAGAUAUCGGCGAUGAUGGCGUCUACAGUUGUGUAGUCGAUAAUAAUAAGAGAGAUAUUAAUGUAGUUGCUCGCGUUAUUGUACGAGUGCCUUCGAAUUCCGGUGUUGUUGAGGGUGAGAAAUUGUCAAUUGUCUGUACAUCUGUCGGUACAGACCCACAAUUGUCUUGGAUGAUUGGUAAUCAAACAAUCACAAACAGUACAGGUCGUUAUAUGUUGAAGCCCGAUGAUCAUAAUGUGAAAAACGCCAUCUUGUCUGUUGAGAAUAUAAGUCUUGAUGAUAGAGGCGAAUUUAAAUGUAUUGGCCGUAAUGACGCCAAUGAGUAUGCCGGCUACGCUGAGGCCAGUGAUGUUUCAUUUGUUCGUGUUAAGGGCAAACUCGCCGCCUUGUGGCCUUUCCUUGGUAUCUGCGCCGAAGUUCUGAUCCUCUGUGCGAUCAUUCUUAUUUACGAAAAGCGACGCAACAAGAGUGAAUUGGAAGAAAGCGACACAGAUCCACAAGAUCAGUAAGUUUUGUACAACACAAAACAACAUAAAACAAUUUAUAAAAAACAGAAACAACAGCAACAACAAAAACUACCAACACAAUUACACCAGCCACGAUUGAAAAAGAAAAACCAAAUCAUACCCAAACAUUAGAAUGAAAAUUAGAAAAAAAAAACAGUGCCUAAAAAUCACGACCUAUACACAAUAGAAGAGAAAAUAGACAAUUGACAAGAAUACAGUAAACAAAACAGGCAUCGAUGACUCUUUGUUUUUGUUCAUAAUCCAAAUUUAUGACAACUCCGCACUGUAAUACGCAGCAUAUACUUACUUUAUAAUAUUUAAAUAUACAAUAAUAAUAAUAAUCGGACAGUAAUACCAACAACAACAAGACAAACAGAAUUACAAUUAAAAUCAGACAUGUGAAAAAUUUCGUUUGUCACAAGAGCAACCAACAAUAACAACACAAUGUACUUGGUUAAAUUAUUGCUUUAUUAUUAUUAUUAUUUUUUUUUUGUGUUAAACGUUCAGAAUAACGGCAAUUAAUAGUCGUUAAGUGCAUAGCAAUCGCCAGCGUUUGUUGAUCAUUAGUUUUUAAGCUUAAAGUCAAAUUUGUGUAAUGAAUAAAAUUGUUGUUUUUCUUCGACAAAUAAAUAUAUGCGUUAAUUGAUUGUGACGCCAACAACAAUAUGUCGUUAGUUAGUACUUUUGUGAGAAGCGAAUAUGUUUUCGUGUGUAAACUUAAAAUACAAGACGUUAAGGAAAACCAAAACACUUAAACAAAAAAAAAAACAAGUUAUUUAAUAUGAAACUUAGCGAAAAGUAAACAAACAAACAAACAAAAUUAGUUAACAAAUUUAAAACUUAUUUACUUAAAUGUAAAUUAAUUAUAUAUUUUUAAAAAUUAUGUAAUUUCCGCAAUGCAAAAAUUGCAUGAGUUUUUUUUUUGUUUUCUUUUCGUUUUCUUUUCGUUUUCAUAAACGUACAAAAAUAAAAGGGUUAAAUAGUAAUAACAUCAUAAGUUGCUUAAAAUCUAAGUAAAAACCAACAAUACAACCGAAAAAAAAUACAAAAAACGGAAAACAAUACAAGACAGUAGAUAAACACAGAAAUUUUCACAAAAUACAGAAGAAGUCACUGACACAAAAUUAAAUACACAAAAAUAAUUACAUACAUAUAGAUUUGCAGUUGUUGAGAGACUUAAUACAUUGACAACAACUGUCAUACUAAAUACGAUUUAUAAUUAUUGUUUCAUCAUAAUUAUUAUUAUUUUUUAUUUGUUAAAUAAUAUUAUUAGUAAUGAACAAAUUGUUAGCGUACAUACCUACAUACAAAACCGUUAAAUUAUAAAUAAAGAAAUUAUGCAAAAUCGUAUUAUUAUAGAAUGUAUUUCCUCCUCUCUGCCGAUUCGUUUAAUAUCUUUAUUUGGUGUAACCACUUUACCAGAAAAUUUAUUUACACAUAUUUUUUCUUUUGUUUAAAUUACAACUAUCGUAGUCUAGUUUUGCUCUAUAUACAUUGUAUUGUAACUUGUUUUUUUUUUAUUAUUUUCUUUGUAAUGUUUACAAGUGUAAGCUUAUAUACGUACAUUUGUAUGAUUUAAAUAUGAUUUCUUUUUUUAAAUUUGUACUUGUAAUGCAAUAGAAAAUGUUGUAGAAAAGGAAGCUGAUGCGAAAUAAAGUAAUGAAAGCGUGUUAAAUUUGUUUUAAGUACUUAUUUGCUUAUAUAUAUAUAUAUUUUGUUUUUUUAAUACAUCUCAACCUUUUAUAGCCUUAUUUUUCUCUUUUUUUUUGGAACGUAGAUAUCAGCUACACGAAUAUAAUUCAUUUUCUUAUGAAAAAAGUGUUGCUACUCCAAAUUUGUGUGGUGCAUAAGGCAUAUGCAACAAACGCCUGAAUAAAAUAGUAUGAAAAAAUAGUAUAAAACUGAUUGCAAUUGUGCCAUUUAAAGAAAGAAAAAAUUACAUCAACCUCCAAAGACAAUCAAUUUACAGGCACACCUUGUACAAAUCAAAGUUGAAACACUCAAAACGGGUUUUGUUAAUAAACAUUAUUCAAAAAUAUACAACUUUAUUGCUUCGUGCAAUGUGUAGGCGUAAGAUUUGCGCAUUGUUGUCCGCCUGUUGCAUAUGCUUUUCUCAAACACAAUGAUGAAAUAAGCAAAAAAAAAAA